AUGACUUUAGCUGUCAAAAUGUGAAAAAAACGGUGCUGAAAGAACAAAAACGGAAAGAAAAAUUUCACACAAAAAUAUCCUUUAGAAUACGCUUAAAAUAAAUUGAAUUGAAAACUACUUCAUAAAUUUAGAAAAUGAAUUGAAAACAACUUAGUUGUUAGUGUAGUUACUUGUAGUUACAGACAACAAGGACAGUGAAAAUAGCAAAUAAUGUAGUGAACUAACCUCAGACUUUAUACAUAGAAUAGAGUCCUUGCAAAAAUGUUGCUCAACGCAAAGUUCAAGUUAAAGGAAUAAAGGAAUUCAGUUUUGUGUUUUGGAGGAUAAACCACCACCGUUGAAAUAAAAUAAAUAGUCUAUUGCCGGGGAGUAUUGUACAAUUCCACCAACAACCAAUAGCCAGCCUUCUGCUCCUUUGUUCAUCUUGUGUAACCUAGUCUAUCAACAACAUCCGGUCAUCAUGAAAAUAAUGCGUUUGCGGCAUGCCAAAUUGAUUGUCGUCCUAAUUGUCAUUGCCAAUCUGAUACUUUUCUACUAUUCCUGGAAAUCGACAUUGUGGAAAAACAUUGCUGCCUCUCUCACCCUGCCCAGCAUGGAAACAUAUGAUUUGCUCAAGAAACCCUCACAGGCACAUGUGGAGAAGUCACCCAAGGAGAAGGCGAGAAAUGCCUUCAAACACAUACGUAAAUCUAUUACCAUUGUCUUUCGUACCUUCUACACAUUUGAGAAUGACAUCAAGGAUUCGAUUGACAGCAUUUUGGAUGUGAUACCAAAUAUGCCGAUUGUGGUCUACCUAGAGGGCAUACCCUAUCCACCGUUGGUGUAUCAGCGAAACAACUCUGCCGGUGGCCAGGAGACAAGUGUGCGUUUUGUUAAUUUAGGCUUUGAUCUGGUCAAACCGGUUCACGAACUCAACCCCCUCUCGGCCGUACAUACCAAAUAUGCUCUCUUUAUGCCCGACAGUGUCCGCUUGAGCAGUAAAAAUCUGUUGCAGAAAAUCUUACGGGAAAUCAAUACCAACAGCUGGGAAAAUAAAGAUGCCAAAGCUGUGCUGAAAUCCAAAUCAAUGAUAGCACCCGAGGAAGUGGUGCGUCGGGUGAUUAUUGUACCAUUUGCCGGGAAUUUGAAAUCAUUUGUGGGCUGUAUACAAAUCACGUUGGAUUUGCCGAAUUGGACGAUACAAUAUACGGCCGUAAAUAGUACAAGUGAUAAAUGUGAUUUGUUUUUACAAAAACAUGCUUUGCUGGUGGAUGUUGGGGUGCUAAAAGAAAUGCCAGAACCACUAGCUGCACCAUUUCCGGAAAUGUUCUAUAUCCAGGCGAAGUUGAGUAAUAUAACGAAAUUCGUUUUCCCCACCUCAUUUCAAGAUGGACGACGGCUAUUUGCGGCGUAUCACACCAAGCAGAGACGUACCGAUAUUAGACGACGACAGUUUCGUGAAAUGUAUAAAAAAUUACAAAUUAAACGCAUCGUUCGACGAUCGCACAAGGUGUCCAUUAAAAGCGAUUCCAAAGAUUCCUCAUCGUAUAAUGUCCAACAUAAUUUGGUAUUGGAUACCCAGUUCUCUUCGUCGAAUUUCUCCUUGCCCCAAGUUACCGACAUCGACUUAAUCGGUUGUGAACGUACCACCAAAUCGUGUGUGGGUACCGUCUAUAAUCAACGUCCAUUUUAUGUCUAUCUGGGUAAACAUACUCCGCCCUGUUGUUUGGAUAAACUAAAGAGUACCUUCAACCAUGUCCUUGAGGAAUUUGAGAAUGUCGGCAUUCGCUAUUGGUUAGACAAUCAGGCUCUGCGCACAGCCAUAGAUACGAAUCGUUUGUCACCGGACGCCUACGACAUUGACAUAAGUUUUAAUGUCAACGAUUUGGAGCGUUCCAAUUCGCUGAAGAAAUCGCAAAAUAAACCCUAUGUUGAUAAUGAGGGUUUCUAUUGGAUCAAGGCCACCGAUGGUCAUUAUUUCAAGGUGCAGUUUUCCAAAAUAAAUCAAAUCGGAGUUAAUCUCUUGCCAUUCGAGAUCAGUGGCAAUGUGGUUAAACCGAAUGGCUUCUUUGGCUGGAAAGCAAAACCAUUCUCUGCCGAUUUCCUACAUCCCAUGUCGACGGUGCUAUUUUUGGGUAAAAAUAUUAUGUGUCCCAAUAAUGUAAGAGAUUAUUUAGAAUUUAAGAGUAUUCCAUAGAUGGCGUGAAAGCAAAGGAAAUAGAAUUGAAGUACUUUAUGAGUUUAUAAAACAACAGACUUUUAGCCACAUAAGUACCCAGAGUUCUCUACAGAUAUAAGUGAAUAACAUCCUAUCCUUACAUAGUCUAAUCGUAGCUUAUUUAGAUUUAGUUAGGUUAUGUGAUUUUGUUUUGACACUUUCAAUAUUCUAGAAAUGUGGCAUGCCACAAUAGUUUAGUUAAGUAAUUUGCCAAGCACUGAAAGUUGCAUUGAAAGUAAAGUUUCCUUCUACGCUUCUACGCCAUUUCCAAAUGUAAUUCAUUUUAUUUUAGUAUUUAUUCGUAAUAUUUCAUUUAUAGAUCUGGUAUUCCAUUUGUAACAUCGAAACAUUUAAAUUGUAAUUUGAAAAUUCCAUUUGAAAUUCGAAACAUUCUAUUUAAAAUCCGAAUUAUUACAUUUGCUAUUCGAAUUACUUUAUCCGCCAAUAUAUACGAAAAUGCAAAAAAAUUAUUUUGAAUUAUAAAUGGAAAAUUCUAAUUUGAAAUAGAAUAUAACAAAUUUCAAACUACAACUGAAAAGUUACGAAUAUCAAAUACAAUCUUUUGAAUUACAUCUGAAAAGGGUGUAGUUAGACACACUUUUACAAUUCCUGUGCCAUAGAUUUUUAGAAAAUUUUGACAAAUGUUGAUUGUAAUUAAAUUACUUUUAAUUAUCCCCUAUCUCCCCCUCGGUUCUCCAUUGUUAAUACAUUUAAUAUAAAUAAACGCAACCAAAAGCUAUGUUUUUCGAAAAAAGUUUAGCCUUAUAUUUGUCAGUAAGAUAUAGUGAGUUUAAAACACCUACACGUACACCUACAUACAUACACUAACACACUUAUUCAGUUAUAUUAUAUAGAUAUAUAAAUAAAUACAUAAUUACAUACAUAUUCCUAAUUGAUUGAUCAUCUGUAAAGAAAUAACACUACCUAUAUAACUAAAGAAAAAAAAAAAUAACACCAACAAUAAAUAAAACACUUUAAAAGUA